GAGGAGGAGGGCGAGGAGGAGGAGGAGGCAGGGAGCGAGCGAGUGCCCAGGGUGAAUCAAUGGAAACCCCCUCACGAAGCCGGGAAAACACUUCAGCCGCAGCCAAAUAGCAUUGAUUAUUUUCCUUCACUUCCCUCACCGCCGUGAAUUUAUUUAUUUAUUUUUUCCAUCUCCGUCCCCGACGCCCCGGAGUGAGCGCUGGAGGGAGGGAGGAGGAGGGGAAAAAAAGGAAUCAACACAUCGGAGAAGUCCCUUCCAAGAGCCACCCCCUCCCCUCCCCGCCUCGCGCUGCUGGGCGGCCGCGGUUCGACUCCCGUCCCUGCUUCCAGCUGAGGUGGUCCUGGCUGUCACGCUGAAAUGAACCCCCAGCUCUCCUCCGUCUGCCAUGGCCACCCUUAACUCGUCCUCUACCGCUGGCACCACCCCCUCCCCUGGGCACAAUGCCCCGUCCCCGCCUCCGGACACCUCCUCCCCCCGCACCCCCUCUGAUCCUGUCACCAAAGAUCCCCCUGCUGCCCCCUCCGCCUCUGAGAGCAUGAGGUCCUCAGAGCCCGGGGGGCGGCCCCUGGAGCCAGGCUGUGGCCUCGUCCCACCAAAGGAGAUAGGGGAGCCCCAAGAGGAGCCGGUCUGUGGUGGCUUCCCGCCAAAGGACCUGGGGGUGGAAGAAGACAGGGAGCAGGAGGAGGAAGGGGGAGGGCUCCCUCCUGUGGACCUGAGCGACCACUUAGUCUUCACAGCUGGCGGUGAGGCCUGCCUAGUGGCCAAGCUGUCCCUGCCAGGGGGCGGCGAACUCCCGUUACCAAAGGGCUUCCCCUGGGGUGAGGCAGGCAUCAAGGAAGAGCCCAGCCUGCCCCUCCUUGCCCACCCGCCCCCUGUACACCUCACUGCCCUUCACAUCCAACAUGGCUUUGACCCAAUCCAAGGCUUUAGCUCUUCUGACCAAAUUCUGUCCCACGAUACCUCAGCACCAUCUCCGGCCACCUGUGAGGGAAGGGAUGGAGCCUUCUGGAGCUACCAGCUGGCUCCAAACCCACCUGGAGAUCCCAAAGAUGGCCCCACGGGGAGCAGGGGAGGAGACCCCACGGCACUCUUCUGGCUCUGCCUCCCGUGCCGCCUGGGUUUCGGCAGGCCCCAGGCCUUUGUGGGUCACACACAGUCUCACGGGGUGAAGCUAACCGCUGCUCAACACCAGGGCCUGCCAGGCAACCCAGCCGUGCUCCGGGAGGGGGACGAGGGCUGUGUGGCCCUCCUGAGCUUCCUGGCACCACAACUGCCUGCUCACGCCCCUUUAGAAAUACCCCUUGACAACAGUAGCACCGUGAACAUGGAGGCCCACGCGGCUCAGACCGAGGAUGGCCCCGCUGCGGCCGAAGCCCAGGCCCCUGUCCUGCCCGUGGAAGAAGGCAUGGCCCUCAGCCCGCCCUCCCCGCUGACAACCCCGGCCGCCUGGAACCCCAGCCCAAGCCAAGCCAAAGAAUCGCCGACGCUGGCAGGCGAGGCAGGGCCAGGUUGGUUCCCCGAGGGGCAAGAGGAGGAUGGAGGGCUCUGCCCCCCGCUCAACCAAAGCUCACCCACCUCCAAGGACGGGGGCGUUCUCCCUGCCCCAGUGGGCUCCCCCGAAGACCCUGGUGACCCGCCCCAGCCCUAUCGCCCAGCCGAUGACUACACCCCGGCCCCUGCGGCCUUCCAGGGCCUCAGCCUGUCCAGCCACAUGGCUCUGCUACACUCGCGCAACUCCUGCAAGACGCUCAAGUGUCCCAAGUGCAAUUGGCACUACAAGUACCAGCAGACCCUGGAUGUGCACAUGCGGGAGAAGCACCCUGAGAGCAACAGUCACUGCAGCUACUGCAGUGCUGGGGGCGCCCACCCCCGCCUCGCCCGGGGGGAGAGCUACAACUGUGGCUACAAGCCCUACCGCUGCGACGUCUGCAACUACUCCACCACCACCAAGGGCAACCUCAGCAUCCACAUGCAGUCCGACAAGCACCUGGCCAACCUGCAGGGCUUCCAGGCGGGGCCAGGGGGGCAGGGGAGCCCCCCAGAGGCAGUGCUCCCGCCCCCCGCGGGGGACAAGGAGCCCAAGACCAAAGCGUCCUGGCAGUGCAAGGUGUGCAGCUACGAGACCAACAUCUCCCGCAAUCUGCGCAUCCACAUGACCUCCGAGAAGCACAUGCAGAACGUCCUCAUGCUGCACCAGGGGCUGCCGCUGGGGCUGCCGCCAGGGCUGGUGGGGCCAGGCCCCCCGCCCCCAGCAGGGGCUGCCCCGGCCACCUCCCCUGAUCUCUUCCAGUACUUCGGACCCCAGGCCCUAGGGCAGCCUCAGGCUCCCUUGCCUGGACCCGGGCUGAGGCCAGACAAGCCCCUGGAAGCCCAGCUGCUUCUCAAUGGCUUCCACCACCUCGGAGCACCUGCCCGCAAGUUCCCCACAGCUGCCCCCGGCAGCCCCUCCCCGGAUGCCCACCUGCCUCAGAGUCAGCUUCUGGGCCCCUUGUCCGACGGGCUGCCUGCCUCGCCGCCCCCAGAUGACAGCCCAUCCCUGAAGGUGUUCCGAUGCCUCGUGUGCCAGGCCUUCAGCACAGACAGCCUGGAGCUGCUGCUCUACCACUGCAGCGUGGGCCGGAGCCUCCCGGAGGCCGAGUGGAAGGAGGUAGCUGGUGACACCCACCGCUGCAAGCUCUGCUGCUAUGGCACCCAGCUCAAGGCCAACUUCCAACUCCACCUCAAGACCGACAAACAUGCUCAGAAGUACCAGCUGGCGGCCCACCUGAGGGAGGGGAGUGGGGCCAUGGGCACCCCCUCCCCAGUGCCCCUGGGAGAUGGGGCUCCUUAUGGGUCUGUCCCCACCCUGCACCUGCGCUGCAACAUCUGUGACUUCGAGUCCAACAGCAAGGAGAAGAUGCAGCUGCACGCCCGGGGUGCGGCCCAUGAAGAGAACAGCCAGAUCUAUAAGUUUCUGGUGGAGAUGGAGGGGGCGGCGGCGGGCACGGAGCUGGGGCUGUUCCGCUGCCUGCUGUGCGCCUGGGAGACACCCUCCCGCCUGGCUGUGCUGCAGCACCUGCGCGCCCCUGCCCACCGCGAUGCCCAGGCCCAGCGGCGCCUGCAGCUGCUACAGAGCGGCCCUGCAGCCGACGAGGGGCUCUCAGCUCUUCAGGGCAUCCUGAGCUUCAGCCACGGGCAGCUCCAGCCUCCCGGGAAGGCUCCUGUCACCCCCUUAGCUGAGCCACCCACCCCUGAGAAAGAUGCCCAGAAUAAGACAGAACCAUUGGCUUCUGAAGAGGCAGAGAACAAGACUGGCCCUCCUGGAGACAGUGCUGACCAGACCACGGUCAGAACCGGGGUGUUCUGCUGUCCAUACUGCAGUUUCCUGAGCCCAGAGUCCGAGCAGGUGAGGGCGCACGCGCUCUCCCAGCACGCAGUGCAGCCCAAGUACCGGUGCCCUCUGUGCCAGGAGCAGCUGGUGGGCCGGCCUGCCCUGCACUUCCACCUCAGCCACCUGCACAACGUGGUGCCCGAGUGCGUUGAGAGGCUGCUGCUCGUGGCCACAACUGUAGAGAUGACCUUGACGACCAAAGUGCUGCCUGGGCCCGCUCUAAGCCCUCUGGGGGACGGCCCAGAGACCCCCGCUCCCGGGCCAGAGCCUGUGCCCAGCAGAGACAAAGCAGCAGAAGGCCCUCACCUGACCCCGGAAGCCAGUCCUGAUCCUCUUCCUGAGCCUCCCCUGCCCUCAGCCGAGGCCCCAGACAAGCCCAUGGGAAGCCCUGACCAGCCCCCUUCUCCAGCCCUGUCUCCAGCCCCUCAGCCCGAUGCCCAAGCUGACGAAGUAGCUCCUCCACCCACCACGGCUGAGGAGGAAGAGGGGGCUGGCAGGGAGCCCCGCCUGGCAGAGCCAGCUCCAGCUGACUCUCGCCACCCUCUGACCUAUCGGAAGACCACCAACUUUGCCCUGGACAAGUUUCUCGACCCUGCCCGGCCCUACAAGUGCACUGUGUGUAAGGAGUCCUUCACGCAAAAGAACAUCCUCCUGGUCCAUUAUAACUCGGUCUCCCACCUGCACAAGAUGAAGAAGGCUGCCGUUGACCCCUCCGGGCCUGCCCGCGGGGAAGCUGGUGCAGCACCCGCCCCCGCCGCCGCCACAGACAAGCCCUUUAAGUGCACGGUCUGCCGCGUCUCCUACAACCAGAGCUCCACCCUGGAGAUCCACAUGCGCUCCGUCCUGCACCAGACUCGCUCAAGGGGAGCCAAGACGGACGCCAAGGCCGAGGGGCCAGAGCGCGGCCCGGAAGAGCCCAAGGAAGGCGAGACUGAGGGGGAGGUGGGCACUGAGAAGAAGGGCCCUGACCCUGGUGGCUUCGUAUCUGGUGGACUGCCCUUCCUGUCCCCUCCCCCACCUCCCCUGGACCUGCACCGAUUCCCAGCCCCACUCUUCGCCCCACCAGUCCUGCCCUCCUUCCCUCUGGUGCCCGAGUCCCUGCUUAAGCUCCAGCAGCAGCAGCUGCUCCUGCCCUUCUACCUCCAUGACCUCAAGGUAGGGCCCAAACUGGCACUGGCUGGGCCCGCGCCCCUGCUGUCCCUGCCGGCCGCCACCCCUCCUCCCCCGCCCCCUAAGGCCGAGCUGGCUGAGCGAGAGUGGGAGCGGCCACCCACGGCAGAAGAGGGGAAUGAGACAGCGCCCAGCUCACCCCCACAGCCAACGCCCAACGAGGCGGCCCGCACCGCAGCCAAAGCCCUUCUAGAAAACUUUGGCUUUGAGCUGGUGAUCCAGUACAAUGAAGGGAAGCAGGCUGUGCCCCCUCCCCCAACCCCACCCCCACCCGAGGCCCUGGGCGGUGGGGACAAGCUGGCCUGCGGGGCCUGUGGGAGACUCUUCUCCAAUAUGCUCAUCCUCAAGACACACGAGGAGCACGUGCACCGCCGCUUUCUGCCCUUUGAGGCCCUGAGCCGAUACGCCGCUCAGUUUCGAAAGAGCUAUGAUAGCCUCUACCCGCCCCCGGCAGGGUCCCCCAAACCUCCCGAUGGGCCUCUGGAUUCACCUGCUCCCCACCUGGGCCCACCUCUCCUGGUCCCAGAGCCUGAGGCAGGGGGGGCCCGCCCCCCUGAGGAGCGAGGCCGGGCAGGAGGACGCUGGCCCCCAGAGGAGGAAGAAAGCUCCAGAGGGAAUCUUCCUCCCCUAGUGCCUGCAGGCCGCCGCUUCUCCAGAACCAAGUUCACAGAGUUCCAGACCCAAGCCCUGCAGUCUUUCUUUGAGACUAGCGCCUACCCCAAGGACGGAGAGGUGGAGCGGCUCGCAAGUCUCUUGGGCCUGGCUAGCCGUGUGGUGGUGGUGUGGUUCCAGAACGCCCGCCAGAAGGCUCGCAAAAGCACCGGCGACGGUGGGCCUGUGCCCAGCGGGGGAGGCACUGGGGGAGCCUCCGGCUGCCGGCGCUGCCGGGCCACCUUCUCCUGUGUUUUUGACUUGGUGCGGCACCUCAAGAAAUGCUAUGACGACCAGCAUCCGGAAGAGGAGGAAGAGGCAGAGAGGGGGGAAGAGGAGGAAGACGCAGAGGAGGAAGACGCAGAGGAGGAACAGGGCCCGGAACCCCCAGCGGGGCCCGAGGGCCCAUCACCAGAACCUCCAGACAGGGAAGAGCUGGGCCAAGCAGAGGCCACGAAGCCAGGAGGCAAAGAGCCUGAAGGGAGGGCCCCUCCCUCGCCCUCCCCCGUCCACGCCUGUGACCAGUGCGCCAUGUCCUUCCCCAGCCAGGACCUCCUGACGAGUCACCGCCGGCUGCACUUCCUGCCACCUGUGCAGCCCAGCACUGCCCCCCACCUCCUAGACCUGCCCUUGCUGGUGUUCGGGGAGCGAAACCCUCCGGUGCCAGGCACUCCACCAGUGCCAGGGCCACCCCUCAAACGGAAGCACGAGGACGGUAGCCUGUCUCCCACGGGCAGCGAAGCAGGGGUGGGUGGGGAGGGUGAGCCCCCCAGGGAUAAGCGUCUGCGCACCACCAUCCUGCCGGAGCAGCUGGAGAUCCUGUACCGCUGGUACAUGCAGGACUCCAACCCGACACGCAAGAUGCUUGACUGCAUCUCCGAGGAGGUGGGGCUCAAGAAGCGAGUGGUGCAGGUCUGGUUCCAGAACACCAGGGCCCGGGAGAGGAAGGGCCAGUUCCGAAGCACCCCCGGGGGAGUGCCCAGUCCGGCAGUCAAGGCCCCCGUCACACCCAGCCCCGCACCCUUCCCCAAGUUCAACCACUUGCUGGGCAAGGUGGAUGAUGGGGCUGGGAGGGAGGCCCCAAAGAGGGAAACACCUGCUUUUCCCUACCCCACAGUCACCCCUGCUGCUGGGCCUCUGCCUUUCCUGCCACCUGGGAAAGAGGCCCCCACUCUGACACCAGAGCCACCUCUACCUCUCCCACCUGCCCCUCCACCCAAUGAGGAUGAGGGCCCAGAGGAACCGUCUAAAGCUUCUCCAGAGAGUGAGGCUUGCAGUCCAUCUGCAGGGGAUUUAAGUGAUUCGUCAGCUUCCAGCCUGGCUGAACCAGAGUCCCCCGGGGCUGGAGGGACCAAUGGGGGCCCAGGAGGUGGGGCUGGGGUCCCAGAUGGAAUGGGGCAGCGGCGCUACAGGACCCAGAUGAGCAGUCUGCAGCUGAAGAUCAUGAAAGCCUGCUACGAAGCCUACCGUACCCCUACCAUGCAGGAGUGCGAGGUGCUGGGGGAGGAGAUUGGGCUGCCCAAGAGAGUCAUCCAGGUCUGGUUCCAGAAUGCUCGUGCCAAGGAGAAGAAGGCCAAGCUGCAGGGGGCAGCAGUCGGUGGGGCUGGGGGCAGCAGUGAGGGCCCCUUGGGAGCCCAGCGCACCGACUGCCCCUACUGUGAUGUCAAGUAUGACUUCUAUGUCUCCUGCCGAGGCCACCUCUUUUCCCGCCAGCACCUGGCCAAGCUCAAGGAGGCAGUCCGAGCCCAGCUGAAGAGUGAAAGCAAGUGCUACGACUUGGCCCCAGCACCCGAGGCACCCCCCGCUCCCAAGGCUCCACCUGCCACCACACCUGCCUCUGUGCCCCUCGGGGCUGCCCCGGCUCUGCCUCGCCUGGCCCCGGUCCUCUUGUCCGGCCCAGCUCUGGCCCAGCCCCCGCUGGGCAGCUUAGCUCCUUUCAGCGCAGGCCCUGCAGCCUCCUCAGGCCUCCUUGGCCUCGCCACUGCGGUCCUGCCUGCUACCACAGUGGUCCAGACUGCUGGCCCAGGCCGCCCCUUACCUCAGAGACCUAUGCCCGACCACACCAACACCUCCACAGUAGGCACCACUGACCCUGCCCCAGGCCCGCCUACUGAACCCUCUGGGGACAAGGUCUCCGGUGAGCGAAAGCCAGCUGCAGCCCCCGCCAACUCCUCCACCGACGCCCUCAAGAACCUCAAAGCAUUGAAGGCCACUGUCCCAGCCCUGUUGGGGGGCCAGUUCCUGCCCUUCCCGUUGCCCUCUGCAGGGGGGGCCACGCCGCCAGCUGUCUUUGGCCCCCAGUUACAGGGGGCCUACUUCCAACAGCUCUAUGGCAUGAAGAAGGGACUGUUUCCCAUGAACCCCGUGAUACCUCAGACCCUCAUCGGACUGCUCCCCAACGCCCUCCUCCAGCCACCGCCCCAGGCCCCCGAGCCCAUAGCCACAGCGCCUCCGAAGCCGCCUGAACUGCCCGCUCCAGGGGAGGGGGAAGCCGGGGAGGCCGAUGAGCUGCUGACAGGCAGCACCGGCAUCUCCACCGUGGACGUGACCCACCGCUACCUUUGCCGCCAGUGCAAGAUGGCAUUUGACGGGGAGGCCCUGGCCACUGCUCACCAGAGAUCCUUCUGCUUCUUUGGGCGGGGCUCCGGGGGUUCCAUGCCCCCCCCGCUGCGGGUGCCCAUCUGCACCUACCACUGCCUGGCAUGUGAGGUGCUGCUGAGUGGGCGAGAAGCCCUGGCCUCGCACCUGCGCUCCUCGGCCCACAGGCGCAAGGCGGCCCCGCCCCCAGGGGGCCCACCUGGCGCCGCCACUGCCGCCACGGCUGCUGUGGCUUUUGCCAAAGAGGAAGCAAGAUUACCUCACACGGACUCCAACCCAAAAACUACUACUACCUCUACACUUCUAGCUUUAUAAACAGAUAAACCAAGACGCGGGGACAGGGAGGGCCUCGGGGCUCCUUCUCUUACCCCAAGGGGUGUCUGGUGGGAGCUCAAAUCCCUCACCCCACCCUUGGCCCUGCCCACCCCCCUGGGAAUCUCUCAGUCUCCACCCUCAGUGGGCUUCACACACCCCACCUCCAGCAGGGUCCUGCCUCCUCCUCCACCCCCCGACACACCGAUCCUUCACAAAUCCUGGCCCCUUGGUCUUCACGGGCAACACAUCCAUCUUGCCAUCUCGAUUAUUCAUUCACAUCCACCCUGCCCACCAGACACAAGAUCUAUCCUUGGUUUCAUCUUCCUACAGCCUCUUUCCUACUGAAUUCCCAGUCACCCCUCCAACUCCUAUAAACACACAAAUAUGUUAUCCCACGCUGUUCCACUGACUGAGAAAACACCAAAAAAAAAAAAAAAAAAAAAGAAGAAGAAGAAGAAGAAGAAAGGAAAAAGAAAACCCAAGACAAGGAAGGGGGAAGGAAAAUAAACUUUGCCACUCCCUCUUCUCCUUCCUACCCUCCUCGUCUAGAGCACCAUACCGCUCACAAACUCUUUCCAAAUACUCAGUUGGCUCCCAAGGUUGGAGCCUGGGAUGGGCAGGGAGCCCAUGAAACUCUAACCAAACUGGAGGUCAGCGGGGAGAAGUGCUCCCAGCUCACUCUCCUCACACCCCUCCCUCCUCACCUGACAGGGGAGCCCCUGUGGCCUGAACUCUAGGGGAAGCCACGGCCAGGAACCCCUCUGCCAGCCCCGACCCUGCACCCCGGAAACUGCAGUAACUUAUUCUCAAAGGCUUUAAACAUAGAGAUCCUCUCAGCAGCCGUCGGCCUGCCCCUUGUCCCAGCUCUGCCACGUGGCGGUCCAGCCUCCGGGACCGGCGCUGCCCACCAACGGCAAAUCCAAAGUUCUUUAAAAAAAAAAACUGAAACACACAACCAA